AUGCCGGCAGGGAACCACGCAUUCUUAUUCGAUAUUCCACUUCCAAGUAAGAUUUUCAACACAGCGACUGGCGCCAACCAUCAAUAUCAUACAUAUCGCGUAGAAGCCAUUAUCGAGCGACGCCUCAAAAGCGAUUUCAUGGUCUCCCAACCGACUCUCGAGGGUCACUCCAAGGAAAAUAUCCAGUAUCGGCUCUCCAUCACUGACCGAAACGUUCCCUUUGGUUGCACAUUUCCUGUGGAAUGCUGGUUUGCACCGCUGUUGAAAUACGCCAAGCUCGACACUGUCACAAUCAAGGUUAUUGAGAAACAAACUGCACGAUUGGAAGCUACUGCUGCAGAAUCAGUGCGACACAACAUGCAGUUCAUAACCGCUGCACAAACUCAUACUGUUUUCUCCAAGACCAUUGAUUUCUCUCAAGGAGAUGAGUCUCCGGUAGAUGAUCUCUCGGAAAUUGAAUGGCGCUUCACCACACCCGUUUCUCUGCCUCAGAGUCUCGACGCUUGUUCGCAGAGUAUCUCGACUAGACACCUCAAGAUCACCCAUGAGCUUUCUAUCACUGCUGAGUUCCGUGAUGAAUCGGGGAAUGUAACAGCUGAGAUUACGGAAAUUAUGCCAUUUAAAAUUCAUAUGACACCUAAUGUGAUUGGGGAAAAUGCGUCCAUUCAUGGGCAAGAUAUCCAGCUCUUACAAGGAAGCCAAAGUCCUCCUCCGGCUUACAGGGAUUGUUUUGCGGAUUUGAUAGUGUCGGCAGCUACUCAGCUGGAUUGUUGUGAACAUCCGAUGCUAGCAGAGUUCAAUUCUGCGCGUUCUUCCAGUGAGCAAACUGCGAGUAUUCACAUCAUGGAGCCUGCUCCCCGAUACGAAGAGGUCGUAUAG